GUUAGAUAGAUUAUAUAAUAUUAGGGAGAAGUGGUGUCCUGCUUUUAGCAAACAGUAUUUCUCUGGUGGUAUUUUAUCCUCGCAAAGGAGUGAGUCUACUAAUCAUUCAAUUUCUAGAAGACUUUCAAAAACAGCUGGAUUGUGUGAUUUUUAUAAUUCAUUCGUUAGUGUGAUUUCUGAGUGGAGGAGCAGGGAGAGUGGUGAAGAUGUUCGCUGUUCUCAAGUUCUUGAAAGGUUCUUCAUGCCAUCAAGAUUUGGUGGGGGUCAGUGGUGAGGUAAUGAAAUAUCAUGUUUGGCGUCCUGAUGUUGAUUUGAUUCGUCAUGAGGUUUGUUUUAGUUUUAAGGACUUGGAUAUAUCAUGUAGUUGCAGGUUGUUUUCAGAGAUGGGUAUUUUGUGCUCUCAUUCUCUUCGCAUUUUAAAUAUUCACUGUGUUGCAACAAUCCCUGAUAAGUAUAUUCUUAAAAGAUGGACUAAAAGGGUUGUUGAAGACAGGACAGUAGAGAAUGUUUGUGGUGUUGCUUCAGGUGGUUGGGUUAUACAAAUUGGUAGAAAGUUUCAGCGGUUGGUUUUAUCUAGUCAAGACAAUUCUAAAGCUCGGGAAGCAUGUGAAGAUGCCUUUCAAAAUGCCAAGAUGAAGAUUGAAGCUGAAAUUGGUCCUAUUUUCUUUGAAGAUGGUGAACAAACCACAGAUGGUGUUAUACAAAAUCCAUCACGUAGUAGGCCAAAAGGUGAACGCAACAAACGUUUGAUUAGCACAAUAGAAAAGAAGUACAAAUAUGCAAGAGGACGAAAGAAUUAUUCAAAGUAUGUCGAGUUGAAUACAAAGGCUGCUGUGCAAUCAUCUGUGCGAGAGUCUGUUUCUAGUAUGGUGGGCAGUGGAUAUUUGGUCCAUCCGUCUGGUGGUAGUAGCUCAAAGUUGGUUCAUUUUAAUCCAAAUGAAAGUACUUAAAAAGAAUAUAGUUUCUUUUUGAAAAUACAUCACUUUCCUUUACAAAACACUACAGUUACUUUUGAAAAACACUACAGUUUCUUUGUCAUUUAGCUGGAGUUUGAAAUGGAAUUGCAGUGGAAUAUUUGUCAGUUCUAGUUGAUAAACCCUUCAGUUUCAGUUCAUGAACCCUACAUUAUCAUUUCAGUUACUCUAUAGUUUCAUUUAAGAUUUUUAGGAAUUAUGGAGAAACAAUAUACUUAAAAAGAAUAUAGUUUCUUUUUGA